UGACCCGAGCUUUGCGUGUCAGAGGCAGGUGUAUAAGGACAUCGGAGAGGAGAUGCUGCUGCACGCCUUCGAAGGAUACAAUGUUUGCAUUUUUGCGUAUGGUCAGACGGGGGCGGGGAAGAGCUACACCAUGAUGGGCAAACAGGAGCCGGGACAGGAAGGCAUCAUACCACAGCUGUGUGAGGACUUGUUUCAGAGGACGGGACAAAACACAGACCCUGACCUGAACUACUCUGUGGAGGUGUCCUACAUGGAGAUCUACUGUGAGCGGGUCCGAGACCUGCUGAACCCAAAGUCCCAGGGGACGCUGCGGGUCCGGGAGCACCCGAUCCUGGGUCCCUACGUGGAGGAUCUGUCCAAACUGGCCGUGACCGGAUUCAACGACAUCCGGGACCUGAUGGACGCCGGCAACAAAGCUCGGUCAGUUGUCCUCCUGUGGACACAAGACGUCCCCACAGAGCUGCU